CUGGGAUGGCGCUUCCUGGGCCAGGCGCGGCGGCGGCGGCGGCGGGCGGCCCCAGCCGGUCCCGGGGGGCGGCGGGAGCAGCGGCAGCAGCAGCAGCGGCAGCAGCAGCAGCAGCAGCGGCAGCAGCAGCAGCAGCGGCAGCAGCAGCGGCAGCAGCAGCGGGUGCCCCGCGGGCCUCCCUCUCUGCCUAGCCCCGCGUGUCCCGGGCGCCUGGCGCGCAGCGAGCCGCGUCCCUCCUUCCCUCCCUGCGCCCUCCCUGCGCCCGCCCCGCUGGCAGCGGCUGGGAGCACCCCGCCGGCGCUGCCUGUCUGCCUGCUCCCCCUCCCGGGCCGGGAAGAUGGACCCCGGCCCGCCGCUGGGCUGCAGCCUCAAGGACGUGAAGUGGAGCGCGGUGGCCGUGCCCCUGGACCUGCUCGUCAGCACCUACCGGCUGCCCCAGAUCGCCCGGCUGGACAGCGGAGAAACUGUGGAAGGUCUUCGUGAGAGCGAUCAUCUGCUGAUUCACUCGUGUCGGCAGUGGACAACAAUUACAGCUCACAGUCUGGAGGAGGGCCACUAUGUCAUAGGGCCAAAGAUAGAAAUCCCUGUGCAUUAUGCAGGGCAGUUUAAGCUGCUGGAACAAGACCGAGAUAUUAAGGAGCCAGUGCAGUAUUUUAACAGUGUGGAGGAGGUGGCUAAAGCAUUUCCUGAACGAGUUUACGUCAUGGAGGAAAUAACAUUCAACGUUAAGGUAGCUUCAGGUGAAUGCAAUGAAGACACUGAAGUUUACAACAUUACCCUUAGUACUGGGGAUGAGCUCACUUUAAUGGGGCAAGCAGAAAUCCUUUAUGCAAAAUCUUCUAAGGAGAAGUCACGGCUCAACACCAUCUUCAAAAAAAUCGGGAAGCUUAAUUCGAUUAGUAAGCUGGGCAGAGGCAAAAUGCCCUGCCUCAUCUGCAUGAACCACAGGACCAACGAGAGCAUCAGCCUCCCUUUCCAGUGCAAGGGCAAGUUCAGCACCCGCAGCCCGCUGGAGGUGCAGAUGCAAGAAGGUGAGCACACCAUUCGCAAUAUAGUAGAGAAAACCAGGCUGCCCGUUAACGUGACUGUGCCAAGUCCCACGCCAAGGAACCCUUAUGACCUGCAUUUUAUCCGUGAGGGGCACAGGUACAAGUUCGUCAACAUUCAGACCAAGACUGUGGUAGUUUGUUGCGUGCUUCGUGGAAACAAAAUCAUUCCCAUGCAUUUUCCCUUGCACUUGACACUUCCAAAAUUCAUUCUCCCCGAUAGCGUGGUGAAGGGGGAGCUGUGGCACGAGCCCCUCAUCCAGCACUGGUUCAGCGUGUGCCAGGAGCAGUUUGACAUCGACGAGUACUCGCGCGCCGUGCGGGAUGUGAAGGCUGACUGGAGCGAGGACUGCAAGAGCCCCAAGAAGGGCCGGUGCCCGGGGCACAGCCACGUGCCAAACUCGCUCAGCUACGCGCGGGACGAGCUCACCCAGUCCUUCCACCGCCUCUCCGUCUGCGUCUACGGCAGCAACUUGCACGGGAACAGCGAGGUGAACCUCCACGGCUGCAGGGACCUGUGCAACGAGUGGGCUCUGCUCUCCCACGAUGCUCUGCAGUACCAGGAGUCGGGGGACAGCGGCAGCGAUUACCUUUUCCCUGAGGUUAGCGAAGAGUCCAUGUUCCUGCCCACGAAACCAGAGCUUCCUUACGAGGAGCUCUGGUUGGACCAAGGGUGUGGAAAGGGUGGUGACCAGCCUCUCUCUUGCUCCCUGGGUGAGAAGAUCAAGGGUGACAGCUACAGAGGAUCUUUCCGGUCAAAGUGUGGCACCGCAUCCCUUCCUGUGCCUGCAACCGUCGGAACAACCACAAAGUCUUCAGAUGUUUCCCUACCUCCACCUCCAGUGCCUCCCAAGUCAGAAGCAGUGAAAGAGGAGUGCAGGCUGCUGAACGCCCCGCCGGUGCCGCCGCGGAGCUCCAAGCCGCCCUCCACCAGCCCGUCCAUCCCUCCUCGCACGGUGAAACCUGCUCGGCAGCAGACCCGCUCUCCCAGCCCCACUCUGUCCUACUACUCCUCAGGACUGCACAGCAUUAAUGUCACAGAGAGCGACAGCAGCAGCCCAGCAGAGAGCACACCUGUUUCCUGCUACCCAUGUAACAUGAUGAAAACUGAAUCCAAAGAGCCUGAGAGCACAAUGCCUUUGGGAAGCCCCUCAGCUGAAGCUCUGCCUUCGAGGUUAUCUUGGCCAAACCACUUUUCAGGAACUGCUGAAGGCCUGAAUAGGAGUGAUUUCCUGCUAGACCCAAGCAGGAGCUACAGUUACCCCAGACAGAAAACUCCAGGUACGCCAAAGAGAAACUGUCCAGCGCCUUUGACUUUUGACUUUGAUGGAUGUGAGCUCCCAGCUGGGUACUCCCCCCUGACCCCAGCAGAGUUCACAAACACCAUCUCCAGCUGCCCAAAGUCAGCAAGUUACUCUCUAGACUGCACUGAUGAGAAAACUCUGGGAGUCAGCAACACAAAGCAGAGCCAUUCGUGUCCUGCCUUACCUCCUCGGGCGCCGAAGUCGACUGAAGAUAAGACAGUGACAGACAUGUGUCCCUUGCCUCUGAAAAUAGAUGGUGCUGAGGAGGAAUCAAAAGCUGGCUCUCCAGUCAUCUUGGAAGAUCAGUAUCUCGCUAAAAAGGGCAUGCAGGAUGCAUUCUCUGUGUCUUACCCCUUCUCAUCUCCCCUCCACCUCCAGUUAGCACCCAGGUCUUGUGGGGAUGGCUCUCCCUGGCAGCCACCCACAGACCUUUCUGGACUCUCCAUAGAGGAAGUGUCUAAAUCCUUGAGGUUUAUUGGUCUGUCAGAAGAUGUCAUAUCAUUUUUUGUCACAGAGAAGAUUGAUGGCAAUUUACUGGUUCAGCUUACAGAAGAAAUCCUAUCAGAAGACUUCAAGCUAAGCAAAUUGCAGGUUAAGAAAAUAUUACAGUUCAUUAAUGGCUGGCGGCCCAAGAUGUGAUGCUGUCCAGUUUUUAGUGAAACUGUACUCAAUACAUUUGAGCUAAUACAUCACUUCCUGGUUUUUUGCACUAAAAAUUCUUUUUGUAAAUAGUAGUAGAAAAAUUCUUACUAUGCAGAUAAACAUUUUUCAGUGGUGAAUGGACUUUUUUUUUCUAUGUCAAUAAUAAAGGUAGAGAAUCUGCAGAGGUGUGCCUUUGUGCAUCCUUGAACAUUCAACAGCUGCUAAAAACUGGACACUAAGGGAACUUUGACUCCAUAGUCUGUUAAGACUUAGUCGUAUUUAUUACUGGACAAUUUGAUGCUGAAAGACACACACCAAUCCAGUUUACAAUUUUGUGUUAACUGCAAAAAAAAAGGUAUUUCUUAUGGGAUUAUUUCUGUUCACAUAAUAUUUGGCAACAUGCUGUGAUUCACAGAAAGCAUUGGUUUUGACACUACAUCUGAAAGUGUUAAGAAUUGCUGUGAAGUGCCACUAAUACACUAUUCUUGCAGCAUUAUUUUUAACAGUAUCUUCCUGACUAUCUGCAACAUGGAUUUAUUUUCCAUGUUGCUUUGAGCAAAAAGAGUUAAAUGUUUUUAAACCAAGAGUCAUGCUUAGCUCGUUGCCCAGAGGGGAGGGAGAAGGGGGAUUUUCUACUGAGCCACUCUGCCCUGGCCAAUUAAAAGUUUAUGACCUGUAGAUUUCAAAAGUUGCUUUUGUAGUCGGAUGACUGGAGUAAAUAGCAUGACUUCUGGUUGUGCAGCUUUCUCAUGGGAAAAGCAGUUCAGUGCACAGGCUCUUUUCUCAGCAAUCCUGCCUGCUGCAGCAGCCUGCCUGCACAGCCCUUCCAGGAGUCAAGCUGUGGUGGAAGGUAACAACUCCUUGUGCUUCUUCUGCUCUGCUGCUUGUCUGAAAACGUGCUUGGUCUGCUCUCCUGAUCCUGUCUGACCUGUGUGGGAAGGUGAUAGUGCUCCUGUGUCAUGCCUUUGAAAUAAAGUGCUGGCAAGGUGGGAGGGAUCGGAAACGGAGCAUGGCAUGCUGCUGGGAAUGGGCUGAGGGAGGUUUAGGGCCAUGCCACAGGAAAUGCUUGUGAUCUUUUCUGUUCACCUGUCUUGUUUGCAGUGGGCUAGGAAGAUGUGGGUGUCAAAGUGGAAGGGGCUGUAGCAUCAAAGGAUGUGCUAAUUCAGUUGCCCAGCUGCAAAAACUCACUGCAGUAGAUGUCACAUGGAAGUAGCAGUUAAAAAUAAAGAGAUGGUAAGUGGGCAGUGGUCUGCUCCUGGAGACCUCUCAGAUUUAACUGCUCAAAAGGCUAUGAAUAGGACUAACUUUUGAUAGUCCUUUAUGGAUUUCUUGUAGUUGACAAAGCUUUCUGAAAUGUGUCGAAAUUACCCCAGGAUCCCCUUGCCUUUGUAUACUGGAUUGGAGGAUUUAUGGAGGUCCUCAGGAAACACUCUGUGUUAUCCCUUCCUCCUCAGGAGGUGUGCAUGCCCAGGAUCCUCAGGUGAUCAGAGCUAGGAAUGCUAGAGCAACUUCACCUUCACUUACUGCUGAGCAGAGCCCUGGCCAGGAGAGCACCAUCACCUGCCUUGCUUACCUUUUUGAUUAAAAAAUAUCUCUAUUGCAGGGCAUGUAGUUGAAAGCCUCAAGAGAAUAUACAGAGCAGAGACAAAAACACUAGAUUUGCCUGUUUUCUCAACCAUAUUGACUCUUAAAAAGAAUUUAUUAGCAAAUAGAGCUUUGUGUUGUUGGGACACAUUUCAUGUCAUGUCACAUGUCAAAGCCAAGAUGCAUUAUUUGUCCUGCAGUAAUGCAGACCACCAGUUUCCAACCAGAAAGCAAAGCCCAGAUGUUACAGGUACUAUAGAACUAACAAAUAUCCCAAUAGAAAAACCCCCAAGGGUUCACAAUCCUUUUUUUUUCAUAAUGUAUUGACUUUGAGCAACAGAUCAAUAACUUGCUCCAAAUGCUUUUUAAUUAGCAUUCUAAAAUAUUUUAGCUUCAAAUAAGAUUAGAUCAAAUUCAGAUACUGUUCAGAUGUGUAUGCUUGUUGAUAGACCACAUGCAAAUUGAAACCAACUGCCUUUUAAACCUCACUGUGUCAAAUGAGUGUUCAAAUAUGAAAGGGCCAAAUCUUUAAUGCCAGGUACUUGAUAUUGUUUUGCUCAGCUUGUUAAUUCUAGGUAAAAAAAAUCCAAAAUAACAAAGCACAAAAAAAAAAAAAACAAAAAAAAAAACAAAAAACAAACCAAAAAGGAGGAAAAUAUUGCAGUCCUGGUAAUAUUAACAUUAAUUAUUGCUAAAACCCCCCCAGAAUAUUAACAUCCCUGUGAAAGUAGUUUUCUUUGACUGUGGAUUCACACCUAUUCUAUUAUCUCUGCUUACCUCCUUGGUUAUUUUUGCAAAGAGACUGGUGGAAUUUGCAUUCAUGACCAUGCUGCAUUUAUAUCCCAUGUGCAUAAGCCAGAAUAGAGCUGGCCCACAGAAAGGCCUAGAAAUGUGCAUGGUUGCAGUAGCUGAGCCUGUGUGCCAAAGUACAGCUAAAACCCCUAACUGCAAACCUAUUGCUGGCCUUCCAUUUGUCUCAUUCUGACUUGGCACUGCUUGCUUACUUUUAUGCAUAAUGUAUCAGCAUCUAACUUUUUCUUUUGCCCUUAGCCACUCAUCACCUUCACUUUCCAAGCCAUUUUUGGGGAUUUAGGUGUUCCUAACAUUUGUGUUCUGUGAGUUAUAUGGCUCUGCUGUUGAUCUACAUGCUGUGGUACAUAAGCUGGACUGAAGUGUCUGCUCUGGUGAGAUCAGGGGAGUGAUGAGCAAGCUGGGCAUGUGGAGUUCUGUGGCUCAGCCUUUGGAUCCUAGGUUAUGGAAAUGGGUACCUUUCAAUAGGUGGCCAGGCUAUGGCAACUCCCAAGCACAGCAUGGAGGUCAGCAGUGAGGAAAAACCAUCUUGUUUUGGACAGUAGUGGAGUCCAGCCAUGUUGAUGGGUGUUGUGUUGGUUGUCUUUGGAGCCUGAGAGCUGUAACCAUUGAGCACUGUGCCAGAGUGGGCCCAAAAUCACUUACAUUUUCAAGGCAGUUCACUAAAAUAGGCCACUCCUAACUUUGGAUUUCUUUCCACAGAUUAAAUAAAUGUAAGGUGCUUGAUUAUCGGUGUCUGAGCUGUGUGUUAUGCUUGGGGUUUUUGUUUGGGAGUUUUGGUAGCAAAAAAGACGUCAUGUCAUUCUGCAUGGAGCUGUCUGUCCUGCACCAGGAAACACAUCCUUUCUAUGCAACUCUCAUGUGCUGGCACGAGGACUGAUGCUGCCUUCAGCAGUGAAAGCUGGGUUCUGGCAUGGAGGCUUUUCUGGAGGUGGACACCAAACUGGGCAGGGGAGGGAUGGAGAGGAAACUUGAGGGGAAAUGCUAGUUUCUUUCAAAUGCUCAUUGUGCCUAGGAUUAAGAUCCUUUGUUUUGCUGCCUGCCUGGCUAACCAAAGCUGUGUUGACAGCAACUCAAAGUGCAUAUUUGCAUUCUAAUUCUUGCCAUGUUGUAAAAAUUGCCUAGGGCUAGAAGCUUAGACAGAAAACAUUUGGUCCAUCCAAAAUUAGAAGGGAAAUACAUUUUGAAGUGUUCUUUUCAGCUAGAAGCAAGGGUUAGAAUUUGUUCUGUAUUAGUGUGUAUUUUCUAACAGAACAGGUUUACUUGCCACUUAAAUAAACUUUGUUCCACAACAGCAGCUCCAAGAGAAGCAGCAUAAACAGCGAAGCUGCCUGAAAACGCGCCCUGUUUUUAACCUGUCUAUAAAUAAUUGUUUUCUCCUGUGUUUUCACCUUGAAUCAACUUCUUGAUUGUCCCCCCCACCCCCCAAAACAAAUUGUGCUGGCACCAGCUUCUUGAGUGCUUCCCAGUGACACAGGCCAGCCAAGUCCUGCCUGCAGGCCAGGCAGGGGCUACACCAUGGUACUUAACACCAGCCCAGCUCUCCUGGCUCCUCUUUCUGAUGCUAUGAAAUUGCAGCAUUCCUGUAUGCAAGCCUGAAGGUACAGAUGAAAUCCUAACAAGCAAAAGGGAUCUUCCUUUUUUUAUUUAUAGGGAUGGCAGGGCAGUGGGGAAAUGCAGGCCCCCUGUUGAGACCUAGCAAUAAAUGACUCUUUGUUUUGUUAUGUCUUAAACUCCUAGUAGUCCAGGAGUUGUUCAGACUUCACAGUUUUUGUGUGUAAUAACCAAAUUUUCAGUGUGAAAAUCUGCAGAGUGAUUCUCUUGACUUGGACAAUCUUCUGAAUUGUAUUAAAAUGUUUGUUCUUAGCUCUUUAGAUUCACUUUGGGUAUGUCAAAAAAGUAACACUUGGGGGGGAAAAAAAAAAAAAAGAAAAAAAAAGAAAAAGCCCUGAAACUUUGGCUUAGUACAUUUCCGUUAUAAAACGAAGCAUGGGUUUUGUGGAAUUCUGUGCUGUUUUGGGCUUUUGUGUAAAAGGCUGAAGGCAGAUUGUUAUUUAAACCAGGUGCAAAUAAAUAUCCCUGUAAUGUAUAUGAACAAAUUUAAACCGUGUAUUGUAAGUAUAUAAACUGUAUAUUAAAGACACUAUUUUCAUGAUA